AUGCCAAGGCAUUCGAGGGGUGGUGGUCGAGGAGGACAGGGCACUAGUCAGAGUGGGGGCAGGGAGGAAAGAGCAAAUGUCCACCGAGGGCAGCACCACCAUGACUGGCAGGCACCACCGCCCCAGCAGCAGCAACCGCAGCCGCAGCAACAGCAGCAAUGGCAGCAGCCACGCCGCAGAUGCAGGCGUCACCACCGUCCUAAUAGUUACAGGGAAGGGGGGGGUAUGACGGGGGUCCUCAAGGGGGCACGGUCUACUGCGGCCAGCAAGGCAACUUCCAUACUGGAAGGUGGGUGGGAGGUGACAGGGGCGGUAACGUGUCUGUCAAGGAGGAAGUGAAGGAGGAGGAGGUGUUGAGGGAAGAAAAGACUACACAUGUUGAUGAAAAGCUCAAAACAGAGUUCCAAGAAGGGUUGUCGAACAAAGAGAAAGAAAUCGAAACUCUGAAGCAGAAGUUGGCUGAAAUGGGAGGUCAGUUCAGACAAGUGAGCCUCCAGGACACGGACGAAAAACCUCGAACAUGUGCAACAGCAGUCGCAUCUGAACCUAGUGUGGCUGCAAGGGAGGUGGCGCCUGUCAAACAAGAGCAGGAAGAUGUUGUGUCUCACUCAGCGACGGUAGCGACGGUUAAGAAAGAACCGGAGAGCAUCACGAUCCAGCCGUUGACCUCGAGGGAGAAACAAAAAAAUACGGGUUAUGUGACGAUGAACAUGAAGGAUUGGACUAAGCUUCCUUGGAUACCACUUGCUGAUUCGCCGGGAGAGCUGGUUUCUUUCAACACAAGGUUGGAAGAUACGGUCAACGAUGUGUUUUUGGCGGUGGGGGAUUACUGUGGAUGGUGGGUCCCAGGGCGGGAAAAACCUGUGCACAGGCAUCUGAUCACUUCCAUUACCCGAUCCAUGUCCCCUGCCCAGACGAUGACGUUCCGCGAGAAGAUAGUCAAGGUCUUUGCGGACACAUCGAAGAAGAUGGAAGAAGGGUCAACGGGUAGGAAGGCGCUGGCAUUGUUCACUUCGGCGUUGGGGAGGUUAGUGAGUUCAUCCUCGCCCGAGAAAAUGGUGGACGACUUGCAGACCUUUGCGGUACCGACUGGAACGCCGUAUAGUGAGUACUUGAGUACCUUGCAGGGGUUGGUGCACAAUGUUCGGAACUUGGGAAUUGUGACGCCGCAGGAUAAGACAAUUCAACUGGCAGUCAGAGAGAGUGUGUCUGAUCAACACAGUGUUCUGACCGCUUCCGUGUUUAAGGGCAAGGAGUUGGGAGUGGUGCCGUUCGAUAACAUAGACACCUUGAUGCAUGAAUUGCGAGAUUUCGAGGCGGUCAAGGGGGGGGCAACGACUCCGACGCGAAGGAUGGCUCAGGUGAAGAGCUCCUCUGGGG